UGUCUUGGCGUAGAGAAUGCUCUGUUUGUUUAUUUCCCUCUAUCUCACAGUUCCAGUUUUGAUAGGCCAGGUUUCAGUGAUCACCCUGCCUACCUGGACUGGGGAGGGUGUGUGACGGUGUGCAGCUGGAAAGACAUGCCGAAUGUGGAACCAGUUUGUCUGCUUUGGGGAGAGUAUGCUUUCGCUGACUGAGGCACGGGGUAGGCAGUCCUACAGGAGUAAACGGCAGGGACUGAUAACACUGUGUCGCAACUCUCUCACAUUGGUGGUUAAACUCUUCAAUGGCUGAAUAACAAGAACAAACCCAGUCAAAAUUGCCCAAUGGAGCCUAAGGUUUAAACAGAAGAGUGUUUCAUUAAAGGCUGCUGUGAAAACAUCAGGAUCAUGCCUGGCCACCGUAGGGGAAGGAGCCUCUCUGAGGGGCUGAUGCUGGAGGAAUCAGAAAAGGGAGGAUUGGUCAUCUCCAGCGUUAUCGGUGGCUCUUCUGGCAAUCAUGGGCUCAAAGAAGGAGAUGAAAUUGUGGGUGCCACAAUCAACUUUGACCAACUUUCGAAAGACGAUGUGUUGAAAAUACUGAAGCUGAUGGAUGAUAAUGGAUUUGAUGAGAAGGUUCAAGUUCUGACUAAAAAUAAUUUGAGCAAGAGUAUGGGGACCUUGGACAGCAUCAAAGCACCAGAGGAGAUGCUGAAGGAUUCAUAUAAUAGACUCUACAAUGCCAAAAUAAAUAGGUUCAUGACAGAUGACAGCCCUGGACAACCUGCAGGUGCUGGGGAAAGAGGCUCCCAUAAUGGACAGGUGAAGGGCAAGGGACCGGGACCUCUCUGGGACAAGCCUAAAGUGAAAGGUGACCUCAAACUCCCUGUCCUCACCACGGAUAACCCAGUUGUGGAGACACCCAAAGUAGAUGUUCCUACCUACCUAGAGUCUCCAGACCUCAAAUUCUCUGCUCCAAAGUUAAAGGUGCCUAAACUUGAUGUCAAAGGCGCGGUACCUGAUGCUCGCAGUGGAGAACUUUCAUUGCCUAAUGCCAACAUUAGUACAUCAGAUCUCUCCCUGCCUCAUUUGAAUGGGUCACUAAACAUUGAUGCUCCAUCAGUUAACCUGGAAAGGCCAUAUCUUGAAACUGAUAUAGAUGCUAUCGAUAUUCUAGAAUUUGAUAUGUCUUUGCCCGAAGUUGACCUCAAAUGCCCUGAUCUUGACCUGAAAGUUAUGGAUCCACUUCCCAAAGUUGUAGGAAAUAUCAAUGUCCCGGAAGCAGAGCUCAAUCUACCAGAGGUUGUCACUGGACCUACUUUAAAUAUCAACGCCCCAAAGUUUGAUAUUGAAAGAGGCAAACAUGUCAAAAUGCCCAAAUUUAAGAUGCCUGACUUGGGUCUCUCUGGACCCAGUGUAAAUGUACCCAGCCUUGAGGUUGAUACACCAAAUAUGAGGAUCCCAGAUAAAAAUAUGCUUGGAGUUAAUCUCAAAGGUCCCCAACGAGACCUACAAACACCAGAUGUUAAUCUCAAAGGUCCUAAUCUAGAUCUGCAAGCCCCAGAUGUCAGCAUGAUGAAUAUGCCUUCAAGUAAAAUCAGAGUCUGGUCCUCCAAGAAACUGAAAAACCCCAACCUUGAUGUGGAUGAUCCCUCUGGUUAUUUUGAAUUGCCUAAGUUUAGGCUCUCUCGCACAGUACCAAAAGGACCAGAUCUGGGCAUUGAUGCUGAUGUAAAAACACCAAAGGUAAGUCUCAAAGCUCCCAAGAUAAAAGGUGGGCUUGAUGCACCUGACUUGAAUUUACCCAAAGUCGACCUGAAAGCACUUAAAUUAGAUGUAAACACUCCAGAUAUUGACAUUGAUGGCAUUGAUGGAGACUUGGAUGGACCAGACCUGAGCUUAUCAUCUUCCAAAUUAAAACGACCAGACUUGGAUGUAGGUAGCCCAUAUGGAAAAUUAAAGAUGCCAAGUUUUAAAAUGCCAGACUUUGGGUUCUCAGGGCCAGAUGUUCAAGGGCCUGACUUUGAGGUAAAAAAUCCAGAAUUGGAUCUUUCAGCCCCCAAGUUUAAAGGGGGAAUUAGUCCCCCAGAUUUGGAUCUGCCACAUGUAGACCUCAAAGGCCCCAAAUUAGACCUCAAGGCACCAGAUGUAAACUUUAAUAUGCCCUCAGGUAAAGUCAAAGUACCUACGUUGAAGAAACCAAAGGUUGAUCUGAAUGCUCCUGAUCUGGACAUUAAUGGCCCCUCUGGUAAACUGAAAAUGCCCAAAUUUGGGCUGUCUGGUAAAAUGCCAAAAUCUCCCAAAUUAAAUCUUAAAGCUCCAAAGAUGAAGGGGGGAAUUGAUUUUCCAGACCUGAAUUUACCAGAUGCUGACCUCAAAGCCCAUAAACUAGAUGUGAAUGCUCCAGAUCUCGACAUCAAUGCACCCUCAGGGAAAUUCAAGAUGCCUAAAUUUGGGCUGUCUGGUACAAUGCCAAAAUCUCCCAAAUUAAAUAUUAAAGCUCCAAAGAUGAAGGGGGGAAUUGAUUUUCCAGACCUGAAUUUACCAGAUGCUGACCUCAAAGCCCCUAAACUAGAUGUGAAUGCUCCAGAUCUCGACAUCAAUGCACCCUCAGGGAAAUUCAAGAUGCCUAAAUUUGGGCUGUCUGGUACAAUGCCAAAAUCUCCCAAAUUAAAUCUUAAAGCUCCAAAGAUGAAGGGGGGAAUUGAUUUUCCAGACCUGAAUUUACCAGAUGCUGACCUCAAAGCCCCUAAACUAGAUGUGAAUGCUCCAGAUCUCGACAUCAAUGCACCCUCAGGGAAAUUCAAGAUGCCUAAAUUCAGAGGCCUAAAGGGACCAGAUGUUGACAUUAAUGGCGCUAUAGAGGGACCAGAUCUGAACUUGUCAUCUCCCAAACUCAAGGGUCCCAAAGCAGACCUAAACAUUCCAGACACUGAUAUUGACAGUCCAUCAGGAAAACUCAAAAUGCCAACUUUCAAGAUGCCAGAUUUAGGAUUCUCUGGACCAAAAGUUAAGGGGCCUGACUUAGAUCUUUCAGCCCCCAAGUUUAAAGGGGGAAUUAGUCCCCCAGAUUUAGAUCUGCCACAUGUAGACCUCAAAGGCCCCAAAUUAGACCUCAAUGCACCAGAUGUAAACUUUAAUAUGCCCUCAGGUAAAGUCAAAGUACCUACAUUGAAGAAACCAAAGGUUGAUCUGAAUGCUCCUGGUCUGGACAUUGAUGGCCCCUCUGGUAAACUGAAAAUGCCCAAAUUUGGGCUGUCUGGUAAAAUGCCAAAAUCUCCCAAAUUAAAUCUUAAAGCUCCAAAGAUGAAGGGGGGAAUUGAUUUUCCAGACCUGAAUUUACCAGAUGCUGACCUCAAAGCCCAUAAACUAGAUGUGAAUGCUCCAGAUCUCGACAUCAAUGCACCCUCAGGGAAAUUCAAGAUGCCUAAAUUUGGGCUGUCUGGUACAAUGCCAAAAUCUCCCAAAUUAAAUAUUAAAGCUCCAAAGAUGAAGGGGGGAAUUGAUUUUCCAGACCUGAAUUUACCAGAUGCUGACCUCAAAGCCCCUAAACUAGAUGUGAAUGCUCCAGAUCUCGACAUCAAUGCACCCUCAGGGAAAUUCAAGAUGCCUAAAUUUGGGCUGUCUGGUACAAUGCCAAAAUCUCCCAAAUUAAAUCUUAAAGCUCCAAAGAUGAAGGGGGGAAUUGAUUUUCCAGACCUGAAUUUACCAGAUGCUGACCUCAAAGCCCCUAAACUAGAUGUGAAUGCUCCAGAUCUCGACAUCAAUGCACCCUCAGGGAAAUUCAAGAUGCCUAAAUUCAGAGGCCUAAAGGGACCAGAUGUUGACAUUAAUGGCGCUAUAGAGGGACCAGAUCUGAACUUGUCAUCUCCCAAACUCAAGGGUCCCAAAGCAGACCUAAACAUUCCAGACACUGAUAUUGACAGUCCAUCAGGAAAACUCAAAAUGCCAACUUUCAAGAUGCCAGAUUUAGGAUUCUCUGGACCAAAAGUUAAGGGGCCUGACUUAGAUCUUUCAGCCCCCAAGUUUAAAGGGGGAAUUAGUCCCCCAGAUUUAGAUCUGCCACAUGUAGACCUCAAAGGCCCCAAAUUAGACCUCAAUGCACCAGAUGUAAACUUUAAUAUGCCCUCAGGUAAAGUCAAAGUACCUACAUUGAAGAAACCAAAGGUUGAUCUGAAUGCUCCUGGUCUGGACAUUGAUGGCCCCUCUGGUAAACUGAAAAUGCCCAAAUUUGGGCUGUCUGGUAAAAUGCCAAAAUCUCCCAAAUUAAAUCUUAAAGCUCCAAAGAUGAAGGGGGGAAUUGAUUUUCCAGACCUGAAUUUACCAGAUGCUGACCUCAAAGCCCAUAAACUAGAUGUGAAUGCUCCAGAUCUCGACAUCAAUGCACCCUCAGGGAAAUUCAAGAUGCCUAAAUUUGGGCUGUCUGGUACAAUGCCAAAAUCUCCCAAAUUAAAUAUUAAAGCUCCAAAGAUGAAGGGGGGAAUUGAUUUUCCAGACCUGAAUUUACCAGAUACUGACCUCAAAGCCCCUAAACUAGAUGUGAAUGCUCCAGAUCUCGACAUCAAUGCACCCUCAGGGAAAUUCAAGAUGCCGAAAUUUGGGCUGUCUGGUACAAUGCCAAAAUCUCCCAAAUUAAAUCUUAAAGCUCCAAAGAUGAAGGGGGGAAUUGAUUUUCCAGACCUGAAUUUACCAGAUACUGACCUCAAAGCCCCUAAACUAGAUGUGAAUGCUCCAGAUCUCGACAUCAAUGCACCCUCAGGGAAAUUCAAGAUGCCUAAAUUCAGAGGCCUAAAGGGACCAGAUGUUGACAUUAAUGGUGCUAUAGAGGGACCAGAUCUGAACUUGUCAUCUCCCAAACUCAAGGGUCCCAAAGCAGACCUAAACAUUCUAGACACUGAUAUUGACAGUCCAUCAGGAAAACUCAAAAUGCCAACUUUCAAGAUGCCAGAUUUAGGAUUCUCUGGACCAAAAGUUAAGGGGCCUGACUUAGAUCUUUCAGCCCCCAAGUUUAAAGGGGGGAUUUGUCCCCCAGAUUUAGAUCUGCCACAUGUAGACCUCAAAGGCCCCAAAUUAGACCUCAAUGCACCAGAUGUAAACUUUAAUAUGCCCUCAGGUAAAGUCAAAGUACCUACAUUGAAGAAACCAAAGGUUGAUCUGAAUGCUCCUGGUCUGGACAUUGAUGGCCCCUCUGGUAAACUGAAAAUGCCCAAAUUUGGGCUGUCUGGUAAAAUGCCAAAAUCUCCCAAAUUAAAUCUUAAAGCUCCAAAGAUGAAGGGGGGAAUUGAUUUUCCAGACCUGAAUUUACCAGAUGCUGACCUCAAAACCCCUAAACUAGAUGUGAAUGCUCCAGAUCUCGACAUCAAUGCACCCUCAGGGAAAUUCAAGAUGCCUAAAUUUGGGCUGUCUGGUACAAUGCCAAAAUCUCCCAAAUUAAAUAUUAAAGCUCCAAAGAUGAAGGGGGGAAUUGAUUUUCCAGACCUGAAUUUACCAGAUGCUGACCUCAAAACCCCUAAACUAGAUGUGAAUGCUCCAGAUCUCGACAUCAAUGCACCCUCAGGGAAAUUCAAGAUGCCUAAAUUUGGGCUGUCUGGUACAAUGCCAAAAUCUCCCAAAUUAAAUAUUAAAGCUCCAAAGAUGAAGGGGGGAAUUGAUUUUCCAGACCUGAAUUUACCAGAUGCUGACCUCAAAGCCCCUAAACUAGAUGUGAAUGCUCCAGAUCUCGACAUCAAUGCACCCUCAGGGAAAUUCAAGAUGCCUAAAUUUGGGCUGUCUGGUACAAUGCCAAAAUCUCCCAUAUUAAAUCUUAAAGCUCCAAAGAUGAAGGGGGGAAUUGAUUUUCCAGACCUGAAUUUACCAGAUGCUGACCUCAAAGCCCCUAAACUAGAUGUGAAUGCUCCAGAUCUCGACAUCAAUGCACCCUCAGGGAAAUUCAAGAUGCCUAAAUUCAGAGGCCUAAAGGGACCAGAUGUUGACAUUAAUGGCGCUAUAGAGGGACCAGAUCUGAAUUUGUCAUCUCCCAAACUCAAGGGUCCCAAAGCAGACCUAAACAUUCCAGACACUGAUAUUGACAGUCCAUCAGGAAAACUCAAAAUGCCAACUUUCAAGAUGCCAGAUUUAGGAUUCUCUGGACCAAAAGUUAAGGGGCCUGACUUAGAUCUUUCAGCCCCCAAGUUUAAAGGGGGAAUUAGUCCCCCAGAUUUGGACCUGCCACAUGUAAACCUCAAAGGCCCCAAAUUAGACCUCAAUGCACCAGAUGUAAACUUUAAUAUGCCCUCCGGUAAAGUCAAAGUACCUACAUUGAAGAAACCAAAGGUUGAUCUGAAUGCUCCUGAUCUGGACAUUGAUGGCCCCUCUGGUAAACUGAAAAUUCCCAAAUUUGGGCUUUCUGGUAAAAUGCCAAAAUCCACAAAACUGAAUCUCAAAGCCCCAAAGAUAAAGGGGGGAAUUGAUUCCCCAGAUUUGAAUUUACCAGAUGCUGACCUCAAAGCCCCUAAAGUAGAUGUGAAUGCCCCAGAUUUUGACAUAAAUGCACCUUCUGGGAAAUUCAAAAUGCCCAAAUUUAAAAUGCCUAAAUUCAGGGGCCUAAAGGGACCAGAUGUUGACAUUGAUGGAGACUUAGAGGGCCCAGAUAUAGAUAUCAAUGCCCCCACAGCUAACCUCAAAGGUCCCAAAACAGGUCUAAAAAUGCCUGAUUUGAAGAUGCCUGAUUUCGGACUAUCUGGCCCAAAUGUAGAUUAUGACUUACCCAAUAUUGACCUCUCAGCCCCAAAGCUAAAAGGGGGAAUCAGUCCCCCAGAUUUGAAACUAUCUAAGGGUCAUCUCAGAGGGCCCAAACUAGACCUCAAUGCUCCAGAUAUGCCCUCAGGUAGAUUCAGAGUUCCAACCACAGAGAGGCCAAAUGAUAGCAUCAAAGCCCCUGAUUUUGACAUCAACACUCCUUCAUUGAAAAUGCCCAAAAUGCCUAAAUUUGUGUUGUCUAGUCCAAAAAGACCAGAUCAUGACAUCAGUGCUGACAUAGGUUUUAAAUUGUCAAAGAUGAAAGGUGGGAUUGGUUCACCACACCUGGACCUACCUACAGUUGACCUAGAAGCCCCUAAGAUAGAUGUAGACACUCCAGAUAUGAACAUUGAUGCACCCUCUGGGAAAUUCAAAAUGCCCCAACUCAAAAUGCCUAAAUUCGGCCUUUCUGGCUUGAAAGGUCCAGAUCCUGGAAUAGAUGGAGACAUUGAUGGACCGGACCUGAGCUUGUCAGCCCUGAAAGUAAACACAGGGAUCGGUAGUCCAGAUUUAGACAUAAAUGUUCCCUCUGGUAAUCUCAAAGGCCCCCAAGCUGAUCUCAAUUUGCCAGACAGUGACAUUGCUAUACAAUCUGAAAAACUCAAACUGCCAUCCUUUAAAUUGCCUCAGUUUGGAAGUCCCAAUCUAAGGGCAGGUACAGAUAUGGACUUUAUGAAAACAAAUGACAUUUCUCCUCCAAAGGCUAAAGUGAAUCUAAAAGCACCAGACUUGAAAGUUAGUCACCCAGAUGUCAGCCUGAGCAUACCCAAAGCUGAUAUCAGAAGCCCAGAAUACAAAGUGUCAUCUCAUAGUAAACGCAAAUCUGAUAUCCCAGGUGGAGCGCAUAUAAAAGUGCAAGCAGAAGACAUAGAUACAGAAGUGACACUGCCACACACUGAUAGGAAGUCUAGGAAGGUCAAAGGAAGGGCCAGUUAUCCCAUUGCAGAUAUUGAUUUGCCAAAAGUUGAGUAUGAAGCGUCUGGUUUGGAACUGAGAGGUUCAGACCUUAAUGAUUCCACAGGGAAAUUAAAAAUGUCCAAAUCCAAGACUUCUAAAUUGGGCAGUCAUACAAGAAUACCAGACCUUGAUAUAGCCUCAGUCCCUAAACUCCCACCCCCAAGGUAUGGAGUCGAGGUUUCACAGACAGAUUUACAUUUGAGUAGAACUGACCUCAAAGGCAAUAAACAUCAUAUGAAAGCCCCAGCUGGUGAAACCGGCAGAACAAAAAGGAGAAGUCCAAAACAGUCUGAAAUUGGAACAUCCAUGUCAGAUUUUACUCAUGGUUCAAGCACCAAAAUGUCUGAAGAUCAAGAAGGAUAUUUUGUCACUGUAUUUCCCAAACAUCUCAAAGGGGAUGUACCAGACGGAACUGGGAGCCUGAAAAAUCAUCACAAGGAAGAGUCAAACCGUAGAUCUCAUACACUCAGAAGUCUCGACUUCAGUGCAUCAAAUGUGGACCUUGAAGUUCCAGAAGAUGAGAACUUAAAAGGGUCAACAUUCUGGCUUUCUAAGCUUAUAUAGCGUUCAGACAACUGACUAAAUGUAAUUUUAGGCUGGUUUGAAUCACAAUCUUCCGUUGAAACAUAAUGCAGAAAACGUCUGUUACAUAUAAAACAAGCAUCAGAUUAUUUGCACUUAUUUGUACUUUUUUAUGUAAAUUGAUUGGUAUUUGUUAUGAACAUGUUGAAAACGAAUGUGUAAAGCUUUCUUUUGUCAAGUGAUUCAAAAAAAUGUAUGAAAGGUUUGUUAUGUUCUGUUGAUAAGCUAUUCGAAUGGUAUUUUUACUCUUCAUUGUAAUAAAAUUAAAUGGGAUUUAGUAACUUUUAUAAA